AUGGUGAGAAAUUUAGUGUUGGAGAAUGAGAAGUUAUUGGGCAAAUUAAGUGCUUUAGAGUCUAAGGAUAAAAGUAGUGUGCCCAGUGAUAGGGGUCAGCUUUAUUCUCAAAUUGUUAUGAGUACGGAAUUUCGAGAUGAUAAAAAAGAUGUAGAUAAUGUAGUUAUGGUACAUGGUUUACCUGAAGUGGAAGAUGAAGAGGCGAGAAAAAGGUUUUUAAAAUGUAUAAAUCCUUUAAAGGAUAUGGUUAGAUUGCAAACUGUUCAGAAUCUACGGAAUGGAGGUUUAGUGGUGACUUUGGCUUCAGAUAAGGAUAAGGAUAGGUUGCUAGAAAAUACAUUAUUAGAGAGAGAGGGUUUAAAGUUAUCAGUACCAGUUCGUAGGAGGCCAAGAUUGUUGUUAACAGAUGUCCCUCGGGAUGUACAAGGUGAUGAUUUAUUGCGAUUAAUUUUGGAAUUGAAUAAAGAUUUGAUGUAUGGUGACAGGACGGUUGAUUUGGAAGAAUUUAAGGAACACUUUAAGUUAUUAUAUAGAACUGGUAAAAAGCGUAAAUUAUUGGUGAAUUGGAUUAUUGAGGUAUCACCAGAGUUUCGUAAGUGUUUGUUAAGGUUAGGUAGACUAUAUAUUGAGUAUAGGUCAUGUCAAGUAAAGGAUUAUUAUGAGAUCUCCAAAUGUUACUGUUGUCAGUUGUUCGGUCAUAUUGCAAAGUAUUGUCGGCAAGAGAAUGGAAAUUGUUAUAAAUGUGGUGAACAGGGCCAUCAGUCAAAAGAUUUUAAGAUUCAGCAUCCAUUGAGGAUUUGUAUUCCGUGUCGUCAAGCAGGUAGAAAAUACGAUCAUUUUUCGCGGGAAAAAGUUUGUAGUACUUAUCAUGUUAUGUUAGCAAGAUAUAAACAAAAUAUAGAUUAUGGCUAG